GAGAGUGAGCAAAGAAAGAGAGAGAGAGCGAUGAGAGAGAGAGAGAUGAGAGAGAGAGAAGAGAGAGAGAGAGGAGAAGAGAGAGAGAUGAGAGAGAGAGAGAGAGACGAGAGAGAGGGCCAUAUAAGAGACGAAAAAAUGUCAAAAGAUAGAGAG